GGGGUCUCAGUAAACAGGCUGUCUAUCUGAGACUCUGCUGCUGUGCCUGUCUCCGUCUCUGCUCCUGUCCUUCGUCUCCCUCCGCCAGGAUGUCCACGGUGAUGAGGUGUUGCCACUGGGCCGUGUACGCGCUGUGUCUCCCGUUCCAUGUGCUGCACGCCGUGGGUCUGUGGGCCCUGUACAAGCGUGUGUUCCCGUUCUGCGUGCACCGGGUCUCCGCCGCGUACAGCAAGAAGAUGCACGACACCAAGCAGCAGCUGUUCCGCAGCCUGCCGGAGUUCCGCGGCUCCGCCCGGCCGCUCACCAUCCUGGAGGUCGGCUGCGGCACCGGGACCAACUUCGAGUUCUACCCCUCCGGCAGCAGGGUGAUCUGCACCGACCCCAACCCCCACUUCCAGAAGUACCUGCAGGAGAACAUGGGCAACAACGACCACCUCAAGUACGACAGGUUCGUGGUGGCCUCGGGGGAGGACCUGGGGUCGGUCGAGGACGGCUCGGUGGACGUGGUGGUCUGCACCCUGGUGCUGUGCUCGGUCACCAGCAUCCAGCAGACCCUGCGGGAGACCCAGCGUGUGCUGAGGACUGGUGGAGCCUUCUUUUUCCUGGAGCAUGUCGUCGCAGACCCCUCGACCUGGACCCACUUCCUCCAGCACGUCUUUCAGCCUUUGUUGUGCUACUUAUUUGACGGAUGCCACGUCAACCGUACGACCUGGAAACUUCUGGAGGCGGCGGAAUUCUCUGAGCUCAAACUCAGACACAUGGAAGCUCCCCUGGUCUUUGUAAUCAAACCGCACAUCGUAGGCUACGCUGUUAAAUAGAUUCAGUCUCUCACAACCACCGUAUUAAUAUGCCAAGCCUAUAAUGCCUGUCCUCAACUAUAGUGUGUGAUAUUAUUGAUCCCCAGUGACGGAGAGAAUGGCAGUCAAAUUGACUUGUUGAAUUUUUGCACUAAAAGUUGCACUAAAUUGAUUUAUUUGUUAGAAGUCUUGCGCAAAAACUAAACCAAUUUCAACCAAACUUGUAGGAGGAAUGGAACCAGGGCCGGGUCUAGACAGGCAUGUAUGAGGGGGCCGCCACAAAUCUUGAGGGGGCAUUGUGCUUUAUUAUAUUAUUAUUAUUAUAAAUUGGGAUUUAGUUUGAGGGGGCACAACAUUUAUUUGAGGGGGCCAGGCCCCCUCUUGCCCCUGCCUAGACCCGGCCCUGAAUGGAACACAUGCCACUAAACAACUUUUUCAUUUGAGGGAAAGUUAUGAUUCGCAUUAGAUCAGGUCUGUUUGCGCUGUUGUGUUGCUAUGUUGUAGUGUUAUCUGUAAAGAGAGCCUUUAAAGUCAGGGAAUGUGAGCUAAUAUUAGAAGUGAAAGUUCAGGCGAGGACGUUCCUCUUUGACUUGGCCGAGAUGACCACAAGUCACAAGCCAGUUUGACCAUGAAUGAAGUGAAACCAUCAUUUCUGGGAGGGAAAUAUUUUGGAUAAAAGUAUUGCAGGAACAUUUUUAGAUUAUGCUAACUAGGCCAAUAUAUAAGAGAGGAAACAUUCUGCUUUAAAGUGGAAGGCCACUUAUAGAUGUGCCUGAUGCGUGUUUAUUCUCCAUGAUCAUUUAAAAAGAUCUUAAAGAGGAUUUUCAUCUGACCUCACCUGGGGGUUCAGAACUUUUUCCUGAAUUAGUUACGUAAGGGAAGUGAAGUAUUUUACCUCACAAACAUAUAAUGUUUGUGUAUGUUUCACAAACAUAUAAUGUUUGUGUACAUAAAAACCAGACUCAUCCAUCAUCCAGUGGGCUGACAUGUAUGAGUGUAAAUAAUUUGGUGCAGCUCUUAAUAGAAAUCUGAAUUGAGCAGAUUAUAUAAUUUUGUAUGGGGGGGAGGGAGCAGAUACACAUCCAGACUAACACAUGCUACAUUGAUUUUCAUGUCCACUGGUUUCAACUACGUUUCUAUGUUUUAUGACAAACAUAUAAUUUUGCAUAUCAGAGCGUUUUCUUUCAUCUUAAUUUCUACUUUAAGAACUAGACAAUCGUGUGUAGGCUUGUUUGACCCUUGGCAGUGAUAUGCAAAGACAUGAUUUUAAGGUCCUGAAUUACAUAGCUCACAAUACUAAUUUUGUAUGCAAUUGUGUGUAUAGGUAAGAAAAUAUACCUUGAAAUAUAUCUCUUUUGAUCUUCUAUGCUCAUCUCUGAUGAUAAAUCAGUCUGAUGCUCCUCUGUCAGUGUUUAUCUCUGCUACUGCUGGAUUUACUGCCUUAAUGGUGUGGUAAUGGUGCCUCUGCUAUAAACGUUUUGUUGUGACUAAAGUGGUUGCCGUGUCAAUUUGUCACAGAUUAAAGAUUUUAAGCCGGA